GAGAAAGUUACCUGUGGCCGCCCAAGUCCGCCACUUUCUGCUCUGUGGCUGCCCAGUGCCACGAUCCGGGAGGACUCCGCGCCGCCUGGCCGCCUCCGAGCUCGGGCCCCAUGUGAGGGGCCCCCCCUUAUCCCACCUUUCCGGCUAGGUGAGGGCGCGAGCGGGCGAGCGAGCGAGAGUGGUGAGGGGGGACGGAAAAGCAGAAUUACCUGUAGCUCUUGUUCUGCCAUCUCGGGCGCUCUCACACACCUUCACCUGCACAGACUUGAAAGUCCAGUUUCACCAGAGGCUGAGGCUCCAGGAAAAGGGGAGCGAGUUCAUUGGAUCAAACAUGUCACAAGAGUCGGACAAUAAUAAACGUCUGGUGGCCUUAGUGCCCAUGCCCAGUGACCCUCCAUUCAAUACCCGAAGAGCCUACACCAGUGAGGAUGAAGCCUGGAAGUCGUAUUUGGAGAACCCGCUGACGGCGGCCACCAAGGCAAUGAUGAGCAUUAAUGGUGAUGAGGACAGCGCUGCCGCCCUGGGCCUGCUGUAUGACUACUACAAGGUUCCUCGAGACAAGAGGCUUCUGUCCCUAAGCAAAGCAAGUGAUAGCCAAGAAGACCAGGAUAAAAGAAACUGUCUUGGCACCAGCGACGCCCAGAGUAACCUGAGUGGAGGAGAAAACCGCGUGCAGGUCCUAAAGACUGUUCCAGUGAACCUGUCCCUCAAUCAAGACCACCUGGAGAAUUCCAAACGGGAGCAGUACAGCACGAACGUCCCCGAGAGCCCAGCCAUUGUCCCUGUGUCAGGAAUCACGGUGGUGAAGGCUGAAGACUUCACACCGGUUUUCAUGGCCCCCCCUGUGCACUAUCCCCGGGGAGAUGGCGAGGAGCAGCGCGUGGUCAUCUUCGAGCAGACUCAGUACGGCGUGCCGUCCAUGGCCAGCCACGGCUCCUUCCUCAAGGACGACCAGCGCAGCACCCCGGACAGCACUUACAGCGAGAGCUUCAAGGACGGAGCCCCAGAGAAAUUUCGGAGUGCUUCAGUUGGGGCUGAGGAGUACAUGUAUGACCAGACAUCCAGUGGCACGUUUCAGUACACCCUGGAAGCCACCAAAUCGCUCCGUCAGAAGCAGGGGGAGGGCCCCAUGACCUACCUCAACAAGGGACAGUUCUAUGCCAUAACGCUCAGCGAGACGGGGGACAACAAGUGCUUCCGACACCCCAUCAGCAAAGUCAGGAGCGUGGUGAUGGUGGUCUUCAGUGAAGACAAAAACCGGGACGAGCAGCUGAAAUACUGGAAGUACUGGCACUCGCGGCAGCACACCGCCAAGCAGCGGGUCCUCGACAUUGCUGAUUACAAGGAGAGCUUUAAUACGAUUGGCAACAUUGAAGAGAUCGCGUAUAAUGCCGUUUCCUUCACCUGGGACGUGAACGAAGAGGCCAAGAUUUUCAUCACCGUGAAUUGCCUGAGUACAGAUUUCUCCUCCCAAAAAGGGGUGAAAGGACUUCCUUUGAUGAUUCAGAUUGAUACAUACAGUUAUAAUAAUCGUAGCAAUAAACCCAUUCAUAGAGCUUAUUGCCAGAUCAAGGUCUUCUGUGACAAAGGAGCAGAAAGAAAAAUCCGAGAUGAAGAGAGGAAGCAGAACAGGAAGAAGGGGAAAGGCCAAGCCUCACAAACUCAGUGCAACAACUCCUCUGAUGGGAAGUUGGCCGCGAUACCGUUACAGAAGAAGAGUGAUAUCACUUACUUCAAAACGAUGCCUGACCUGCACUCCCAGCCCGUCCUCUUCAUACCCGAUGUUCACUUCGCGAACCUGCAGAGGACAGGACAGGUCUACUACAACACGGACGAUGAACGAGAAGGCAGCAGUGUCCUUGUGAAACGGAUGUUCAGGCCCAUGGAAGAGGAGUUUGGUCCAGCACCUUCCAAGCAGAUGAAAGAAGAAGGGAUGAAGCGAGUGCUUUUGUAUGUGAGGAAGGAGACGGACGACGUGUUUGAUGCCUUGAUGUUGAAAUCCCCCACCGUGAAGGGCCUCAUGGACGCGAUAUCUGAGAAAUAUGGGCUUCCCGUGGAGAAGAUAACAAAGCUUUACAAGAAAAGCAAAAAGGGCAUCCUGGUGAACAUGGACGACAACAUCAUCGAGCACUACUCCAACGAGGACACCUUCAUCCUCCACAUGGAGAGCAUGGUGGAAGGCUUCAAGGUCACGCUCAUGGAAAUCUGAGCCCUGCUGGGCAGCCGCCCUCAGGGCCUUCCUCCCGGGAGCGUCGGAGCCGGGCCCCCCGCACCUGCAGACCCCCCUUACCCUUCUCACCACGGCUGUUACACGCCCGCAACGGGGGCGGCCCGAGGCCCCAAGCCCCCGUUUUGUCCCACCCGGAGGCUCGUGCUGUGGCGCCCAAGCCGAGGCCCCCGGGAAAGGGGGUUGCGGCUGUCACGUCCUUAUUUAUUGUCCCCCUCGUCUGGAGCCCGGGGCCCAGGCCCGCAGGGACGGUGCAGGUCCAUGCCGGCUCCAGGGGACACCGUCCAGCGUCCCAGGGCCCCGGCGCCCGUCCAUGAGUCCUGAAGAGCCCUGCGACAUCUGCCUCUGCCACCCCACCGCCUUAUGUCGCCGUGGUCUCCAGACUCCAGGGGGGCUGGACAGAAUGUGAUGCCUCCCCGGGCAGUUACCAGAGGUGCAGGGGGAGGUGGACACCCCCCACCUGGUCAGGAGACUGCGCUGGAGAAGCUCACCUUGCUGCCGCCUCCAGGGGUUUCCAGCGAGUGGCCACCAGGCCGAGGCCAGGGCGACAUGCAGCCAGCGUGUAAGUAGGAAGGACGCCAGAAGGCGUGCCCAGCCAUCGUGUACAUAGUGUUUAUAAUAUGGCAAUAAUAUAUUUUACAGGGGGUGUGUGGGCAUGUUUACUGCUGCUGCCUAGGGGAGGCACACACCCGGACACUCCGCUUCCUGCAAGAGGUUUCCCCCUCUGUGCUGUUCAGGAGACAUGCUGGGGAAGGGAAGUGGCCUUUGGAGUAUCAGGUGGCCAAGACGGCUGCCAAGGGGGGUGCCAAGACGGCUGCUCCAGUGGAUGCCCCCCAGGGCCUCGGUCCCUCCCCAUGGAUACUGCCCACCUGGAGGCCACUGAGCUGCUCUCAGGGUCAUGCGCUUUGCCCGCCUCUCCCUCUGGGCUGAAUGCCUAAGGUCUCAGCUCCUGCGGCUUUGGGGUCAGCAUUGUCCAGGCUUCCUGGGGAGACUCCAGGGGGACUGCCAUCAGCCCCGUCGCCGGGCUGGCUGCAGUAGGACGCCUUGGCUGCCCUGAGGAUCCUGGCCCCUGGCGUGCCUCACAGUUUACAAGCACGUCCUUCAUCUCAAGUGGCCCCUUAAAAGCCCGACGGCAGAGUCCUGAGAGCAGGGCCAGCAGCUCAGCUCCAAGCCGCUGGGCCUGGAGAGGCAGGGGUUGGCUGCCCCGCUGCCCCUGGCUGCUGGAUGAGGAGGGAGGGCACCAGAAGGGCCCAAGAGCCCUGGCUCUUCUGCAACCAGCCUCUGGAUGAAGCCUGGGAGAGAAUUGUGCGCUGGCAGACGGAGAGGAGAAGAAAGCAGCCCCCAGUCACAGCUUCAGGAAGCCUCUGGGCCACUGUUCUCUUUGAGGGGACAGGUACGUGGUCGAGGGGGUUGUGUUCACCCUGGUGGGUUGAAGCACUAGCUUUCUGAUAGCCAGGCACACCCCCCACCCAAGGUUACACUCUAGGACAGGUUCUAGGUAAGGGUCCAGAUUUGUUUGUAAAGCACUUUGAUGUCUUUUGGGGGUAGAGGGGGCUUUCUUUCCAAGGGCUCCCUGCCCUGAAGCCCAGAGCCUGAGGGACGGGCUGCCUCCAGCCCAGCUGUUUGUCCUGAGGCUGUUGCAGAGGCUCUGGAUGGAAUGGAGGGCAGGGCAGGGGCUGGGCCGAUCUCUAGGUGUGGUGACGGGGCACCUUUCUGUGCAUCUUCUGGACACAAUUAUCCCUCCCUGCGGUGCCAAAGGUUUGCAUCCUGGAUUCAGCCCUCCUCCACUCUGUGACUGCCACGCCCUGGAACGGCUUCUUAGGGACCUUUCUAGGUACUAAUGGGGGCUCGGUCCCAAGAUGGACAGAUUCAGUGUUGGAACCCCCCAGUGUACCAUGCACUUGGCAUGCUCCUCGCCUGAGGCGUGGCUUCAUACAUGAUGGGCAGACGUCGUGGUGAAUCGUUCUGAGCCAGGGCACAGGCCUCCAGCGCAGGGAAGACAGAACAUCUCUGGCAACCUGACACAGGUUCACUGGCCUUCCCUCUCCAGCCUCUAUGGAAAAAAAAUGUUUGCAGGUCCUGCCCUAGGCAGAGGAUGAAUCAGAGAUGCUUCUGCCUUCAUCCCAGGUCCCUGGGUAGUCACUGUAGUGACCACUGCCAGCACAAAGCACAUAAGGUCAGUGCCACCAAAGGGUGUGGUGCAUGGUGUCCCCUCCCAUCUGAUCUGUCCCCAUUUCACCACGUCUCCUCCGCCUUCUUGGUGUGCCUAUGGCUUAGCUUUGAUGAGCAGAACUAUUCAAGCGAAAACACUCCAGAGACACAGGAAAACCUGCACACUCUUUUUUUUUUUCUUUUUUUUGUCCCUUAAAUAAAUAAGCUUAAAAAAAAUACGUGUUGGAUGAGGGACAUGCUGAGGGACAUGUAAAACAAACAAGUGUUUUUCUUAUACUUACUCCAAUUGCUGAGACUUUAUGGGUAUUUUCUUAUGGGACCAAAAGAAAAAUGCAGUCAGAUAUCAUCUUGGAAUUGAAUCCUAAAAGACUAAAAAGCAUGUCUCAGUGCAGAAACUUAGCAAGCAUGAACUGAAUCAAACAUUUCCUACUCAUUUAAAAUUAGGAAAACACAACAGAAGCAGAGGGUUUGUGCCAAAUUCUAUGAGCAGCCCUUUUUUAAAGACAAGCUAGGGAGGUUGCUAGAUGGACACUUUGCUCUCGUGUUCAUUUUUUUUUUUUUAAAGGCAAAUGUAACUUAAUAGUUUUGUAAAUGGGAGAGGGGGAAUCUAUAAACUAUAAAUACAGUUAUUUUAUUUUUUGUACAUUUUUAAGAAGAAAAAAAUAAAUAUUCAUACCGUAAGAGUAAACACGAGUGUCUGAUGUUUUCUGGGAGGUGGGCGUUGGGGGCUUUUUUUGCCUGAUUGGAACGACACCUCUGUGUGAGCUGGGAUGAUCCUAGGCUCCCUUUGGGCACUUUAGGUCCUGGGCUCCAACUCAACAGACAUUUCCUUUUCCUGUGGCUUUGUUGUGCUCCACCCCAAGGUUAAGAGCAGAGACCCUAUGGCCCUGGUGGCCCUCUGCACCAACCAGAGUCCUAGCACCGGGGGGAGAAAGGGGUGGUGGCACAGAGUGCCGUGUUCUCAGAGUGAUUGUCAUGGGCAUCCCAGGGCUGUCUGGGACCACACAUGGCCCAUUACCUGCCCCCCAUCCCCACCCCGAUGCCCAGGUGCCCAGGACCUAGCUAAGUCCUGGACCUGUGAUCAUCACCCGGGUGCAGAGACACCUGCUUGAAAUGAAUAUUCCCAUUGGUUAUACCCUUGCUGGGGACAUCUUUUCCCUCUGCAACAAUUAUCAUUUUAGGUGGCUCUGACUGAUACUCUACGGCCUUGAAAAACAAUGCUCUUUCUCUUGUCUCUUCGGCCACCUUAAAAAACAGGACAUUUCAGGCACGUGCAAAGCAUAGUCCUGACAAAGAUAAGAGAGCUAUGUGUGAAGCAUCUCCACUCCUUCCAAAGAAAGUUCUCGUGAUCGCCUCUUACCUUGACUGAGCAAGGAUGCGGAGACGACUCCUCACCUGGCCUUUGCCCCCUGGUUGUCAGGAGGGUCUGCGUGGGGCGGGGGGGUUGGGUAUUGGGACAGUGCCCUGAAGAGAGGAGCCUCAUGCUUGAACAUGUGCUGGAAGUUAACAGGAUAGCCUCCCACGGGUGUGGAAAUGCAGGUGCAGGGUCCCCGCCACCUUUUCACCACCCCUGCUGUGAACACGUGGCGCUAGUCACACUCAGUGUUUGUGAGCAUCAGGGCCAUUUCUGGUCCAGAGAGGGACACUGUGUGAGAUACAGAAAGACCGCUCCUCUAGCUGACAUUCAGCCGCUUUUUCCUACCUUGACGCGCGCUUUGCUGAAGGCAGGGCCAAUGGCAGCAACAAGAAACACACCGUGACCUGAACUGGCUUUGAGGCUGUGGGCUCCGUCUCAUGGCAUCUUCUCUACUGACACCUCUCCAGUUGAGAGGCCCAGAGUGGGGACAGGGGGAUGUCAAUUUCCCACCAAAGAGGAAGUUGCCUCCAUUUCUCCUUCUGUUGCACUGAAUGAUGAGGCUAGAGUCGUUUACAGCUCUAGCUGCAAGGAAGGAGAGGAGGUGAGAAGAAAGUAAAGGCUAGGAGUGGAGCCAAGAAAGGAAGCCCCCCCCCCUUGCAGACCCAGGAUGCUUCAGGACAGGGCUUCGGACCAGCAGACCCCGUCCCCCCUUCCCCUUGCACAAAUCCUGCUUCCUUUCCUUAUGUCUCUGAGGCAGAAACCAUGCCCAGCAGGAGGCCAACACAGAUAGCAGCUGGCCCCUCCCUCAGGCACAGGCUCAGCUGGAGCAGUUUAGGCAUGGACACCUCAUUUCCAAGUCAUAGUAAACAACCGACAUACUUGGAUGCCAAGCUGGAGCCACAUAAAGUCAACCAAUGCAGGACCCACGCCAUAGGAAGGGAGUCAUAAAUAUACGUACCCUUCAAUGCCCACGUGGAGAGUGCCCCGGGGGCAUACGGAUGAGAGGGGACUGCACCCUCUGCGCCCCUUCCCCACCCCAAACCAGGGGAUGAACAGUCGACCACUCUGUAGCAUCCUUCAAGCCACUUUAUUCCCGUCCCUUGAACAUCACAGGCCGGCUUGAUCUCAGACAGAACAGACUCCAUUUCCAGAGGUCCCGCCACACAGCAGCGACACUGACCAGCCCCACACAGGAGUGACGUAAGCCUUGAGCCAUUCGGCCUUUUGGGUGCUACUGAGUCCCUUGGCCACACUCAAGGGCACUGCAUCAGAUGUACAAAGGCCUUGUGAGGCAGGGGGAGCAUGAGGAAAACAACCCUCAAAAUACAGACAGGGUCACGGGCAGGCCAGGAUAGGGAUUAUUCUUCAUCCAUCUCGAGCUUGUCAGCAUUCAUCAGCCAUGAGUCUGAUCUAUUUCCUUUUCUUUCUUUCUUUUUUUCUUUUUUGGCCAUCCCAUGGCAUAUGGAGUUGCUGAACCAGGGACUGAAUCCGAGCCGGAGCUGCAACCUACAUCAUCACAGCUGUGGCAACGCUGGAUUCUUUCUUAACAGCUCUUCGGGCUUCUCACUGCAGCUCUAGGUUCCAGGGACUGAAUCUGGCUCAGUAUGAUGUCAAGACUGAGGGCAGAGCUCAGGCGGGCUUUCUCAAGCAUUAACUGACUCCACCAUCUCAGGAAA